CAAACGUAAACAUGUUUUUUUUCUAAAUUACAAGUUAAGUAAACGAUUUAUAGUUAGUAACAAAUUCUAGUAGAUCAAUUAACUGUCUCAUUAAUUAGGCCUAUAUUAAGUACAUUUUGAUUACUGGUACAUAAUAUAAUGGAGAUUACAGAUAAAAAUCAAAAUCAAAUUCCGGAAGACGCUUCACAAGGGAAUAUUCCAAAUCCAGAUACAUUCCAAAAUAACGGCACCAAAGAUACAACCUAUGCUAAGACCAUGUUAAAGGAAUUGCUGAGAUUUGACGUUCAUCAUCGAACUGAAAAGGACUUACGGGAACAUGUCUCUCGUCUUCACUGUUUGGUUAGAAAGGUGGUUUUAUUGCUGCUAGAGAAAAAGUUCUCUUUGCAAAAAAUUUGGAGGAACAACGAAACAGUACUUACUCUACAGGUAGUUAAGUCGUACAUAUCUUAG